AUGACUUCUGCUUCCGCAUUUCUCAGCCGUCCGAUCCUCCACUUUCGCUUUCAUUUCCCCCCCCCCCCCGAUGGCACUCAGGCAUUCGAGCAUCCUGGUUCACGGAUUCUAAUCAAGUGGCCUAAUGACGUGUAUGUGACUGAGCAUUCGCACACUACCCCCACUACUUUGGACAACACGUUGUCCAGGGCAAGCAAGCUUGCAGGCGUUCUCACCCGGUGCAUCUCGAUGAGUGGGGAACAUGCCACUUUUGUCGUUGGUGUCGGUUUAAACGUCUCCAACCCGUUUCCCACCAUAUGUCUUCAGCAAGUCUUGAAUCUAGCAUGUCCCUCGGCACCUGCAAAAGUGGUAUCCCCAGCUACUGUGAUUGCAACUGUUAUGAAUCGGCUAGAACGCCUUUUGGCUCGCUCCCUACAUUCGUCCACCACUUCCGGUUUGUCUUGGGCCAUGGAACUAUACACCAAUUGCUGGAUUCAUUCGGUCUUGGCUUUGUGAAACAGAUAAAGCGCUCUCAACAUACACAUGCUGUGGAUGACCGGAACUAUAGUGCUGUGCCCCAUCUGUGUGCGCCGGUUGAUGAAAUAUCGGUUUGUAAGCUGACCAUUCCCGUGAACAGAGCACUCAAGGAAUGACAAUGUGCCACUCCAUGGAACCAAUCACUGACCAUUCAGUCGUCACCGUCCCUGAAGUCAAAGGAUACUCCUCUUGUGCAUUGCACUGUGAUCGGUGUGGACUCGUUUGGAUACCUUCGCGUUCGUGACCCAGUCAAUGGUGCGGAAUAUUCUCUACACCCGGACGGAAACUCAAUGGAUAUGAUGCGUGGCCUUAUCAUCCCGAAGUGAAUUUUCACCCCUUAUUUCGAUUAUGAGGCCCCAAACCGUCG